CCGUAGUCGUGACGAUGUGGUAUCCAGCGAUAUCAUCGACGUCAGCCCGUCGGUGUAAGCUAUGGAUGAAUCACGGCGUGCUUGGCUGCUCUGUUCCUGGUGUUUUUUUUUACUGUCACCCUUUUCAGGCUUCUCAAAAGUUGGCCAGACUGAGAAUAGAGAUGGAUGGUAAGGAACUGUCCCCUACUUCAGGAUCCAGACUUGCCUUUUAUUUCCCCAGACCCCUCCACACAUCCCGCUGUCGCUUUUACCCCUGGUUUCCAAUCGUAUAUCAAAAAUUCUCCGAACAGAAACACACCACAGACAGCUGCGACUGCUUCCAUAUCCAAAACAGGCUGUGACCUUGUGACCUCAUCGCAACGGUUGACCUGUCAUAUGCUGUCUUUUCAGGCGUGGCACCCCGCCCCCUACACCACCAGUUGGCCAUGCAGUAGCUGGUGGCGACCCUAGGCACGCCCGCACGCUUCGCAGCCUGUCAGGGAAGCAACUAGCCAAGUGCUGUACUCGGAGACAAUCCAAUAAAUACAAUUAGCUUAGCCGGCCAUGCCCGCUGUCAAACUCCCCAGCCGCGAAAUCUCGCGCAGCAGACUAUCAACCCAAUCACCAUCACCGUCGACGACAGCCGACCCUUCAACACUGGAGCCACACAGGCCACGGUUCAACAGCCACAAUACCCAGGACCGACUAAGAGAGAGCACGAACCGGCUCCCUGCUACAUGUCCCUCCAUGUCGGGCAGCGCCAGCCCCGCUAUGAGGAAGGAGAGGAGGUCGAUGUUUAGGGAGGUAGGGCUGGUGGACGACGACUACGCCAACGCCGGUAAGGAUGGAGGCAGUGGCACACCGCCGGCCUUCCCCGAGGACAGCAGGGGGCAGCAGCUCGGCGACCUUGCGUCCCUGUCGUCCACCUCGACCGCUCGUCAAGCGACGAAUGACGGCGGCGGGCUGCCGGGGAUCGUCGUGUCACAGCAGGAGGCGGGUCCGGACGGCCGUGGCGGUGCGCCUGGCGCGACAGGGGCGGCCACGGCAAUACGAGAGAGCGGUAACGGGGGACAGCAGCAGCUGAGGCAGCAGAGCCGUGGUUCCCAGGCGCAACCGGCCCAAUCGACUUCGUCAAAAGCCCAACCGUCGGUCGGUGCGCGCAGCAACGACCACGCGACUGGCGCCAGUACCGGCAGCAUUAUAACCGGCAGCAACACCAACAAUACCAACCCCAAGAUCGAGAAUGCCACAUCCCCCACCACCACCACCCCCGGCGUCGACACCCCCGUGCUCACCUCCCCCACCUCUCCCACCACCAAGCAGUCGUGGUUCAGCAAGCUACCCAUGGGCCGGCGACCGAGGAUCAAAGCCGCCGCCAGUGCGCCGCCCCCUCCCACAGUCACGAGCCUUUCCCGAGUGACCAUGAUCGCCAUGCUCAUUGCUGUUGUUCUCCCCGCCUUUAGUUAUAACAACGGCCGUCAGAAGGUUGGGGUCAGUGGCGCGGACGCCGGCGUCGUCAAUAGCCCAAGGGGGCGGCGAUGGGAAUGGUGGCAGCACCAGGACCGGGACCGGGGAUCUGCUCUCGUCCCCAGAGCCAACAGCCCGACCCAGGUCUGCACUCGGUGGGCGCAUCAGACUGCGCUCCUUAACGGAACCGUUUACAUCUACGGCGGGCAAACCAAGACGUCGGCUGAUCAAAAGACCAACACAUGGAAUAACAACUUCCUCACCCUUGACCUGACAAAGUCGUGGGACACCAAGACGCCCAUCCUCAACGGCCUGCCGCAGCCGUCGGGCCCGCCAAAGGUGGCCAUGGGCUACCUCUGGAACGACUACAACAACCUCUACCUGUACGGCGGCCAGUCCGCCGACAACCCCUUCGCCGAGCCCUCGCGCCCGUCGGUGUGGCGGUACAGCGUCAGGGGCGGGUCGUGGACCGAGGACGAGAGCCCCAAGACCUCGUCGGGCAACAACUCGGAGCCGGGCGGCGCGGCGGUGCAGCGCUCGGCCGAGGGGGCCGGGCUCUCGGUGCCGGAGCUGGGGCUGAGCUGGUACUUUGGCGGCCACCUGGACAUGUCCACCACGCCGGGCUGGUCCAACCAGGUCGCGCGCGUCUACCUCAAGUCGCUGCUCGAGUUCACGCACCCAGGCUACUCCAACACGGGCGUCGACUCGCUCCGGGCCAGCGGCGCCGGCGAAAUGGGCGCGUACAGGAACAUCACAAAGGGCAGGAUCCAGCGCCAGGACGCCUUCUUCGAGCGCGCCGACGGCGCCCUCGUCUUCAUACCCGGCUGGGGCGACAUGGGCGUCCUCAUCGGGCUCGGUGGCGGCACCAAUACCACCUUUGCCGACAACCUCGGCACCCUCGACGUCUACGACAUUGCCCGCUCCGAGUGGUACCACCAGGAGACCUCGGGCAUCCCACCAUCGGUCCGCGUCAACCUCUGCGCCGUGGUCGCCUCGGCGCCCGACGCGUCCAGCUUCCAGAUCCACGUGUUUGGUGGGCAGAAUCUGGAGCCAUUUGGAGACCAAGUCCAGUACGACGACAUGUACAUCCUCACCAUCCCCUCCUUCACCUGGAUCCGUGUCGACAAGGCCGGCCGGAACCAGCCGUCGCCGCGGGCCGGCCACACGUGCCACAUGCGCGACGGCCAGAUCGUGGUGACGGGCGGCUACGUCGGCGCCAGCGCCGCCUGCGACUCGCCGGGAAUCUACGUCUUCGACGCCACGCGCCUCGAGUGGGCCGACCGCUUCGACGCCCGCUCCCGGCAGCCCGACCUGCACCCGGAGAACUCGGUCAUGGCCGGCAGCGGCGGCUACCGCGUGCCCGACAGGGUCAUCAGCGUCAUCGGCGGCGGGCCCUCGGGCAGCGCCACCGCCACCGCCCCGGCCAGCCGCGCCACCGACGGGCCCUUCGCCACGGGCAAGUCGCCCGUCUUUACAGUCACGGCCGCCGGCGGCUCGACCGUCACGCAGACGGCCUGGGGCGCGGGGCGGACCGGCGCGCCACCUGCAGGAAGUGGUGGUAGCAGCGACGGGGAGCAGGGGAAGCCGGCGCCGGGAUUGGUGGCGGCCGCCGUGCUCGCGGGCCUGGCGGGCCUGCUGGCGCUGUACCUCGGCUUCUGCGCGUGGCUGUACCGGCGCCAGGUGCGCGCGUACCGCACCCACCUGGCCGUGGCGAACCGCUACUCGGGCGCCGGCGCCGCCCACGCCUCGCACGCCAGCCUCGGCGGCAUCGCCGCCGCCUUCUUCGGCCGCAAAGGCAGCAAGGAGAGCAGGGACGGCGGGCCCGGUCACAAAGGGCGGUGGGGUGGCGGUGGUGGCGGCGGUAGUAGUAGUAGACGUAACAGACGUGCGUCCGCGACUGCUCCAGUGGCGGGCCGGUACGGCGUGCUCGGCAACAACGACAGCGGCGACGAAAGACGUACGAGGCCGCCGCCGCCGCCGCCAGCGGUGGGUCGGUCGAUCUCAAGCGCCCGGGCGCCGUGCCGGGCGAGGGCUUCGGGUCCGUCGUGAGCGGCCGCGACAGCCUGGACCGGCGCGCCAAGGCCAACGCCGCCGCCGCCGCUGCUGCCGCCGC